CCACGUCCAAACCCACCCCAAAACCCAAAAAAAGGCUUUGCAAACCGGACAUUCCCCCGAUCCCCAUGGCGACCUCGCCGCCGCGGAGCCCUAACUCAGGCGACCCGCCCCAGGCCGGCGGCCUCGCUGUCGCCCUGGCCGCAGCGCCAGCUCGCGGCUGGAGCUCCCUCGUCGCCCGCCUCCCUCCGCUCGCGGACUCUCUCCUCCUCGCCGCCGUCGCCGGUCUCCUCCGCCGCCUCUACGCGGGCCGUAAACGCCGCCGCCGACGCCCUGCUCUCCCACUCCCCAUCUUCGAUGACGCCGGAAGCUCCGCCCGGAUUGCUGGUCAGAUGCCCAAAGCUUUUGCCAUCUUAGAAGAUAUCGUGCAGCACACUAUGUCUAAUUUGCAUACUAUUCAGAAAAGCUUGCCUUAUUGGAAGUCCAGAGCUGAGGGAUCAAAUUCACAUAAAAUGUACUUCAUGGUGUUCGAAAGAGGUCCAAGGGCCUUUGUUGAAGCAACAUGCCAAACACUGACUAAACUCAGGAGCAACGAAAGUCCUUCUAAGUAUCUUGUAGACUCUGCUUCUGAUAUGGUCUCAACAAAACUCGCUGUCCUCACGAGUAUGCAACAUUGCUUGGCUGUUUUUCUGGCUGAGGUUUACUCUGAAGUUGAUAAUCGCAGAGAAGGAUUAACUGAAAGUUCAGAUAAAUCGCUACAUACACUAUUUGUUAUUUUGAACACCGUCUUCUCCAAAUUGGAGGCAACAAUAAGAAAUGCCACUGAGGGGCAAACUCUGCUGUUCUCUCAUGACGGAAACUCAUCUCAGCUUAUCUUUGAAAGGUUGCCAGAAGUUGAUGUUGAGAGUCCACAGUGGACCGAGGCCUUAUCAACAGAUGCUAUAGCCAUGGUCUAUCAGAACCUCCAGAAGUUAGAUAGUUUUGUUUUCUCUCAACUUUCACGCCAUAAAAAACCAAGAAGUAUGACCAUAUACUGGUUACCCUACACGUGUGGAGCAAUUGGCCUCUCUGCAUGUUCCCUAUGGCUUUUACGCCAUAGUAGCUUGAUGGGAAGUUCUGAUCUGGACAACUGGAUUCAAGAUGCAAAGGAGUCGGUGGUUGGAUUCUGGGAUGAGCAUGUUGAGAGACCAGUCAUUUCUAUUAGAGACGAGCUAUUUGAGACAUUCAAGAGAACAGAUAAACGUGUAAUGGAAAAGGAAGAGGUCCAACUGACCGAAGAAACACUGCACAGGAUGUUGGUUGCCUUUUGCGAGCAAACUAAAUUUAAACCACCACAAGAUGCCUCGUCGCAAGAGUUGCUGGAGAUUGUCAUGAGGAGAUAUGAGAUGGAAUCGGCGCAUCCUAUUUGGAAUCUGUUUGGUGGAGAACUCGCAGUUGCCAUGCUUAUUCAGGUUCAGAAGCUCAAACUGGAUCUUCAGGAGGCAAUGCUGGAACUGGAUCAGAUUCUUAAGGCAAAUGAGAUAAAUUUUGCUAUUCUUGCAGCUCUGCCUGCAUUUGGUCUUUCCCUUCUGCUACUCAUUGUAGUGCGAGCAUGGGCUAUGCAUGACCAAGGUGCAGAGGGAAGAGGAAGGAUUGCACGGCAUCAGCGGUGGCAGUUACUCAUAGAAGUAGAGGAAAGACUUGAGGAGUUCAAGGAAUGCAUGACUAAGGAAAUGGAGGAGGAGGCGCUUUGCAAAUACGGAUUGACUCUGUACACCCUUGAUAGAUUAUACAAAGCUGUUGAGUUGCAUGCAAAGAAAACCACCGAGUGGUCAAGCGUGAGACAGAAAAUGUUUAAGCUGGCAAAGCCUAAUGUCGGAGUGUCAGACAAGCUGGAUGUUCUUCAAGGAUUGAAGUGGAAUUACGCCUGCUUACGUCCAUACCUGUCAUGAACGAGUCCACCUGAUUCAUUUUUGAGAUGGUCUAUCUUGAUAUAAUAGGGUGACAUGCAAUCCUUAUGACUGGCCAAUGCGGCUCUGCCACGUAUAAAUGUAUUUUGCACCAGAGGUUACUUUGGCCGCAAUUUGUAUAUUGAAAGUUCACUUUUUUU